GAAAGCUAGCAUGCGUGAUUGUUUUUUUUGCGCGUUUGUUAUCGUUCGAUUGUACGCCGGCACUUUUCUUUUCAGUUUAACAUUUAAAAGUUUUUACCGAAAAAUUGAUUCCUUUUUUAUGUGCUUACUAUAAUGUCAUCAAUCAUUAUACAGACUUUUCGCCGGCAACUGCUGUUGCGAGCAAAAAUUUCACGUGACCUCACAAGUUUACCAUUUCUUCUUACCCGAGAAUCACUAGUGCGACGAAACGUUUACAUCCACACCAGUAGCUGUUUUGUAAACAAGGCAACCUUCCGAGACGAUGUUUCUCUGUUAGCAGCUAAACAGGACCCGGACACAUUCGGAACAUUAUCACCAUCGGUUGAGGAGCCCGAUGUGCCAAACGAGGGAGAUCUUCAGGAGGAAAAUUUUCUACAAAAUCUUCCGUCGCGGUCACAAAAACUUUCCACAAAACAGUAUGCAGAUUUGAUAAAAGAUCAUUUAAAAAAUAAGCGAAUCAAGGAAGCGAUCGAUGUACUGGAAGUACGCAUGAAGGAGGAUCGGGUGAAACCCGUAAAUUACCUGUUCAAUUUAGUGAUUGGAGGAUGCGCUCGGGUUGGAUACAGCAAAAAAGCUUUCCAGCUGUACAAUAAGAUGAAACAGCAUGGGUUGAAGGUGACGGGUGGAACGUACACUUCAUUGUUCAAUGCCUGCGCCAAUUCUCCGUUUCUGAGCGAUGGAUUGCACAAAGCCAAUCGUUUGAGGGAGAUUAUGAUAGAAAAAGGUUACGAACCUAACGAAUCUAAUUACAACGCAAUGAUAAAAGCUUACGGAAGAUGUGGAGAGUUGAAAACAGCGUUCCAGCUGGUUGAUGAUAUGAUAGCUAAGGAACUGAGUGUGGACACAGACACGUUUAAUUUUUUACUACAAGCUUGCAUUAGUGACGAAGAGUUUGGUUUCCGGCAUGCUUUACUCGUGUGGCACAAGAUGUAUCGUAUGAGAGCCUCGCCAGAUAUUUACUCUUUUAAUUUACUGUUGAGAUGUGUUCGAGACUGUGGAUUGGGUGAUCUGGAAACCACCGAGUUAGUUAUAGGACAAAUCCUCGAUCAGCAUAAACCGAAACUUCAACAAGGGAAUAAUGAUGAGACCCCAUUGGUUGGCGAUGGUAGCAGUGAAACUUUGAGCCAGGAAACCCAGCUGACAAACAUUAAUCGAGAAAUAAUUUCGGAAGGUGCCCCAAACCUUUUGUCUCGAAAGCCACAUUUGGGUAGUCUGAUUGCUUUGGCAGAAAUUCGUAAACCCGAAGAGCGAUUCCUGUUACUUGGAGGCCUCCAAGGAUUUCUGCAGGAAAUGGAGCUUGCCAAGGUGCAACCGGAUAUCAAGACGAUGACCGAGUUACUGGAAGUUAUUCCUCCUACGAUUGUGGCCGAAAAGCAGAUUCUUUCCACCGUUCGCCGUUACGGUAUACGAUGUGACAUUGACUUCUUCAACAUCCUUAUUAAGAAGCGAUCGAUGCGGUUCGACUAUGACGCAGCGCGUGAAGUUCUCACCAUGAUAAAAACUGCCAGGCUGGAACCGGAUAUUGUAACUUACGGCGUCCUGGCGCUUGGCUGUAGAGUUCCAGAGGAAGCUCGAGCAUUAUUGCGCGAGAUGUCCGAUGCUGGCGUGCGAGUAAACAUUCAAAUUCUAGGAGCCAUGUUGCGCCAGGGAAUGGCCACUCAAAACUUCCGCUACGUAACUGAAAUUUUACAAAUUGUGUAUCAGCAACGGCUGAAGCCGAAUGAAAAAUUUUUGCAACAUUUAGAAGAUUUCAACAAAAAAUGCGAGCAGCAAAGCCAUGCUUAUGAUCGAAAUCCGCGUAAGGCCGGUUGUGAAACGUUCAGGAUGGAGUAUAAUCGAUACAAGCUUAAGUUGGAUUACUGGAAGGAACAAAUGGGACUACAGGGUCUCGAUUGGGAUGCUGCCCGGGGGAUUGUACGGGAGCAUCCGUGGGAACAAUUUAAACAGCCGCAGGCGGACGGUUUCGAAGCCACCAAAAAUCCCAAAUUGCGACAUAAAAAGAAGAAACAUCAUUCGAUACGAAAGCUGGCGGUGGAUGAUGAGGAAGUGAUCAAUAAGCGAAUAGAGUAAGUUAGUGAUAACUAGACUUUUCUGUAUAUAGGCUAGUCUGAUUUAGUUGUUCCAA